ACUUUGUUGAUUUGUAAAACCCUGUUUGAAACCCUGAGUUCCAUGGUCUACUCAUCUCUAAAUUAAACAAAUCCCCACCAAAACAGAAGCAAAGCCUCGAAGAAACAUGGAGAUUGAAAGUGAAACUAAUGAAGACAACUCAAAGAGGAUCCAAGUCAGAUUUGUAACGAAGCUAAAAGCUCCAUAUAAAGUUCCCAAUACAGCCAUUGCCAUCCCUUCGCACUUCCAUCGCUUAGGCCUUUCCUCCAUUGUUAACAAGCUUCUUCAAGCUGUGAAUUCUGAGUGGAAAACCGAGCCCUUUGAUUUCCUUAUCGAUGGAGAGCUUGUGCGGAUGCCUCUUGAGGAGUUUCUUCUUGCCAAGGGCAUUUCUGCGGAAAAAACUUUGGAAAUUGAGUACAUAAGAGCUGUUGCCCCUCGAAAAGAGGCAAAGCCUUCUCCACAUGAUGAUUGGGUCAGUUCAGUGGAUGGUUCUAGUCCUAGCUUCAUUUUAACUGGUUGCUAUGAUGGCUUGGGAAGGGUAUGGAAACAAGCGGGAUGGUGUACACAUAUACUAGAAGGACACAGUGGUGCAGUUUCUUCUGUUAGAAUCAUCAACUCAGAAGGGGCAGGAAGUGCUACAGUAGUCACUGCUUCAAAAGAUCGAACUCUGAGGCUGUGGAAGUUUGAUGCCGAGGACUCUAGUGACCAUCCUGCAAAGAUAAGAGCAUUCAAGAUAUUACGUGGGCAUAAUGCAUCUGUACACAGCGUUGCUGCAAAGACUUCGGGAGACAUGAUUUGCUCGGGUUCUUGGGAUUGCACCAUCAAUUUAUGGCGUACAAGUGACUCUGAUAUAGAUGGGGAUACAGUGCCAAUAAAAAAAAGGAAAGUGAAUAAUAAAGUUGAAGAACCUCAAUCAGAGGGAGAGGCAGUGUCUGCACUCGUGGGCCAUACACAGUGUGUCUCUUGUGUGGUUUGGCCUCAACAUGAGACCAUUUACUCUGCAUCAUGGGAUCACUCUGUUAGAAAAUGGGAUGUUGAGACGGGCAAAGAUCUGUCUGAUAUAUUCUGUGGCAAAGUCCUCAACUGCAUUGAUAUAGGGGGUGAAGGAUCGACUCUCAUUGCUGGUGGUGGUUCCGAUCCAAUUCUUAGAAUAUGGGAUCCUCGAAAACCAGGAACAUCGUCACCCGUGUUUCAGUUCUCUUCACAUGGUUCUUGGAUUUCAGCUUGCAAGUGGCACAAUUGGUCUUCUGUCCAUUUACUUUCAUCAUCCUAUGAUGGGAAAGUAAUGUUGUGGGAUCUAAGAACAGCGUUUCCUCUUGCUAUUGUCGAUUCACACAAAGAUAAGGUAUUAUGUGCAGAUUGGUGGAAGGGUGACUGUGUGGUGAGCGGUGGGGUUGAUGCACAGCUCCGUAUUUCCUCGGACAUCUCUAUCCAGUGAGGUAAUAAAGAACAUGACAAAACUCGAGUUCGGAGUAGAUGUCGAUACUGUUGCCGAGAUCGGAGCUGGGUGAUUGAAGGUUUAGCCAUUAAUUGAUGACUGUCAUUGUGUCAACUGACAACCAAUUUUGGUGUGUCAAAUUUAAGAUAUGUAAACAAAGGCACAGGGCCCAUCGUUUUGUUCUAUUUGUUUUUCAUUUAUCUGCUUAAAUAUACGACAUAUGUUUAUGUUUUUA